UUGUGUUGCAGUGGUCACACUGCGUCGAGGGUGAAGCCAAGACCACGAAAAAGUGAAUAAAAAGCGAAAUAUGUGCGUGAAAUAGUCAAAUAGCGUAUAAAAUAGCAAUGCAAGACACCAAAAGUGACAAUGUGCCGCACAACUAUCAAUAGAUAAAGCUCAAACUCGCCGUUAGGCUAUGCACUGCUCUCUGCAUACCUGCGUAUGAAAAAACUGCUGCCGCCGCAAUUACAGUUAGACACUAAAAUAGCUGCACGUCCAGGUUGCAAGGUGAAUUGGGGCACGUAUCUUUGAGUGCAGUAGAUUUGGAAACGGGCAUACCCCACGCACGCUAGCCCAAUUGCAAUGGAAAACGAAUCCGUCAAGUCUGAACACAGUGGACGCUCCAGACGCUCGCGGAAUCACAAUAACAACGGCGGAGGGGGAGGUGGUGGCGGCAGUGGCGGAGGAGGCAGUGUCAACAACGGCUACCAUAGGGAGCGGGAUCGCUCCAGACAUUCCCACCGCAGCACACACUCCUCAAAGUCGGGCAAGGGAAUUCAGCGGGGCGACAUGGCACCUUACCAGACUAGCGUUAAUAUGACAGAAGACGGCAGCCACGAUGGCCAGGAAGUCAUCGAGGUGCAAAUCCUUCCACAGGACGAGAACUGGGGCGAGAACACUACCGCCGUCACCGGAAACACUUCGGAGCAAAGCAUCUCUAUGGAGGACAUCAACAACAUGUGGCAUCGUGAGAGCGAUAAGGGUUUCGGUUUUGCGUGCCGCCGAUACGUGGAGUCUACCUUUUACUUUCUGCUGGGAUGUGGAGCGUUUUUCUCGCCAGUGGCAAUGGUGGUGAUGCCGUAUGUGGGCUUCUUCCCGUCGGCAUUUGAUCACCCGGAAAUAACGCAGACGGUGCGUACCCAGCUGCUGGCCUGCAGUGAGCAGUGUAAGGGCCAACUGGUUUCGCUGGCCGCCCGACUGCUGCUUCUGGCCAUCGGUCUGUGGGCGGUGUUCAUGCGACGUACAUCGGCCACCAUGCCACGUAUUUUCCUGUAUCGCGCACUCGUCCUCCUUCUUGUCACCAUCUGCACGUUUGCUUACUGGCUUUUCUACAUCGUGCAGGUCACAAACGGGGCGAAGAUCGUUGUGGAGACGGGCGGCGAUGCCGUGGACUACAAGUCACUGGUGGGCUAUGCCACAAACUUUGUGGACACUCUGCUAUUUAUUCACUAUGUUGCCGUGGUGCUACUCGAGCUGCGACACCAGCAGCCCAGCUACUACAUCAAGAUCAUUCGCUCUCCGGACGGAGUUUCGCGCUCCUACAUGCUGGGCCAGCUGAGCAUCCAAAGGGCGGCUGUGUGGGUGCUGCAGCACUACUAUGUGGAUUUCCCCAUAUUUAACCCAUACCUAGAGCGCAUCCCUAUAUCGGUCUCCAAGUCGCAGCGGAACAAGAUAUCGAACAGUUUCAAGUACUACGAAGUGGAUGGGGUGAGCAACUCGCAACAGCAAAGCCAGAGUCGAGCCGUUCUAGCAGCCAAUGCCCGUCGCCGGGACUCCUCUCACAACGAGCGCUUUUACGAGGAGCACGAGUAUGAACGUCGUGUAAAAAAGCGGCGUGCCCGUCUCAUAACUGCAGCCGAGGAGGCCUUCACCCACAUCAAACGCAUUCAUAACGAACCAGCUCCGGCACUGCCGCUCGAUCCGCAGGAGGCUGCCUCGGCAGUUUUUCCUUCGAUGGCCAGGGCUCUGCAAAAAUACCUACGGGUUACGCGGCAACAGCCGCGGCAUACAUUUGAGAGCAUACUAAAGCAUCUUGCACACUGCUUAAAGCAUGAUCUAUCCCCCCGCGCCUUCUUGGAACCGUAUUUGACCGAGUCUCCGGUGAUGCAGAGCGAGAAGGAACGGCGCUGGGUGCAGUCGUGGUCUCUGAUCUGCGAUGAGAUCGUCUCCCGACCGAUUGGCAACGAAUGCACGUUUCAAUUAAUUCAAAACGAUGUCUCUCUUAUGGUCACUGUACACAAGCUGCCACACUUCAACCUGGCCGAGGAAGUUGUGGAUCCCAAAAGCAACAAAUUUGUUCUUAAGUUGAAUUCUGAGACAUCCGUAUGACACCACCACAACGCCCCUCCGAUCAACACGCCCACUCACAGCAAUCAGACGCAAUCGUCCUAUUUGCAUGUGUUUGUCUGAUAAUCCCAAGUAAUAAUUCCUUCACUUACUUUCCAAUAGUUUUUCAGCCAGAUCGAUGACUUACUUGUGAGAACUGCCAUCAGGGUAAUUUAAUUCUAUGAAACACCAUAACCAAUCAAACUAUGCAAUCAAAAUUACUUAUGUAUGAAUUAGAUGAGUAUUGACCGGUAUAUCAACAAACAAUACUCAAAAGCCCAGUAUAUGAUCCUUAACUGACGCGAACAUAUCACACCCUUUGAAAAGCAAACAUGACUUACAAGUUCCCAAAGUAUUAAUUAUAAGAAUGAUGGUUUGGCUUGCAGAACCGCGAACUCUUAGAUGCAGCUCUUUUAUACACAUUUUUUAUUUUAGAAAAUAUGUUUAGUGUCAAGUUGGGCUUGCUCGUCUCGGAAUAUCUAAAAAUUUUACCCGAUAUUUGUGACGCUCAAGCCUUAUCGCUAGCCUUAAGAUGAAUGGAGUGAGCUUAGGCGAACCCAUGGAAUUUUAGCUAGGACUCGGACUUGCGCCGAAAGUGCAUUAGCCACUUUUGACGCGACUUUAUGAGAUUUUAAACACGCACAUUUUAAGCCGAAACCGAAUAGUCCUAACUCUUCUGCAACAAAGUUGAGAAACGACAAAACUAUAACUCGAAUGCAACUGAUGACAAAUACAUAAUAUAAGCGAAGACUGCCUGAAUAUGCAUUUUAUACACACAAAUUGCCAACAGCCACUAGCAGGUGUAUGUACUAACCUGUGCAUAGCAACCACAUAUAUACAAAAACUCGUGUAUUUUUAGAGACAAAAUUAUAGUGAUAAGGACCCGAAUUCGUAUUCGAACAUAUGUACGUUCCAGUGAACCCAAUCUAUACAUAUAUGAUAUAUACCUAUUUACAAAACUACUAAGAAACUUGUGCUUGAGGUUUGAUUUUAUUUUCGUUUUCUAGCUAAAUGUCUUCUGUCGAAGCCCUUUUAUAUUGCAAUUAUCUAGCAAUUACUUAAAGCAAUUGAAAAACCAACCUAAGCAUACCAUUUAUACAUUUACUCUUGAACUGUAACUGUUUUAAUUGUAAUUAGCAUAUAAAAACCACAUGCCGUAAAUAAAUUAAACCCACUCCUUUAACAGCUUUAA